AUGCUUGCUGAUGACGAUUCUAUGCUUGAUGUUGGUGUUACACUUGAUGAGGAAGACUCUACGCUUGCUGACAAAGGCUCUACACUUGAUGUCGGCGUUACGCUUGAUGACGAAGGUCCCACAGUCGAUGAAGAAGUCCCUAUACUUGAUGUCGGCACGGCACUCGAUGAGGAAGACUCUAUGCUUGAUGUCGGCGCUAGGCUUGAUGACGAAGGCUCCACGGUCGAUGAAGAAGUCCCUAUACUUGAUGUCGGCACGGCACUCGAUGAGGAAGACUCUAUGCUUGAUGUCGGCGCUAGGCUUGAUGUUGGUGCUACGCUUGAUGAGGAAGUGAUUACGCUUGCUGAUGACGGCGCUGUGCUUGAUGUUGGUGCUACACUUGAUGAGGAAGAGAUUACGCUUGCUGACGACGUCUCUAUGCUUGAAGUAGGCGCUACACUCGAUGAGGAAGACUGUGUGCUUGCUGACGAAGACUCCAUGCUUGAUGUUGACGCUCCGCGUGACGAGGAAGACCUUUCGCUCGAUAUCGAGGUCGUGGUUGAGGAAGCCACGUCACUCGAGUUGAAGAUUCAGUUGGAUAUUCCGUAG